GUACAUUCGUCCGACCCUGUUUCGACACGCACUGCAACGAUUGAGAGCUAAACCCCCCAGUCUUGCUGUUACCUUCCCCGAAUGCAAACACUCCGCUUUUCGCUGACAAUUGUGCCGAUGUUUCCCUAUUUGCUCUGUGUCUACCUUUGUGAUAGAUUGAACUUGCAGCAGCAAAGUGGAAAUGAGCUCCAAGCGGGAAUAACGCCAAUGGCUUCGUGGGCGCAAGAAUGUCGCAAAGCCAUCAAUGCAAUGUGAGCUAACAGCUCCUUCCGUAAAACGCCUCCAGGACCGUGCUUGCAUUACGCAAAGCAAAAGUCUACGAGCGUUUGGGAACCUCGAUUUCGCCAAGAUGAUAAGGGGAUCGCUGCAAGGCUUCAACAGAGACCCUCUCUGAUCUGCGUGGGGGCGGGUAACCGGCAAGCAUAGAGACGAUAGUGUCACAAGUCCUCCAAACUGGCCGCGUACAGCUCAACAAAGCCUGCGUGUUCUCGUUCAUUUCCGCCCGGGGGACAGUAUCCCGUGCCUCAUAAGGGGUGGUAUCGGAGACAGCGACCAAUGCAAUCAAAUCGCACUGUGCAAUCAUGGACGCGUACCUUAAACGUCUUCAGCUCGGCAUGAAGUGGCGACCAGAAAGGCAGCAUUGCCGUAUGAUUGCGUUGUCGGCCUAACCACUUCACAGCCUCCCAUCAAGGAAAUUACUUUGUUGUACAUGUAACCAAUACAUUCCGUAAUCUCCAUGAUAGAUGCUGUGAUGAUGGCGACGAUAAGCGAAUGAUUCCGCCUUCGCC